AUGGAUAACGUACAUGAAGUUGAAUGCCGUCGAGCCCACAGCCAUUCAGGCUCCCGCUCCCCUUCGCCUGAGGCUCCAGCUCUGCGGCCAGAAGUGGCAGACCAUGGGGCCCGCAUCGUGUUCUACCACCGCGAUGAGCCCUUUUUCGAGUUCACCAACUUCGCCCAGUCACCCAUCCAAUGGAACGGGCAUUGGUAUCCGACCGCAGAACACCUGUUCCAGGCCCAUAAGUUCAUGUCAACUCAGCCAGAACUAGCUGAACGGAUCCGCCAUCUGCCCAGCGCACGCGCCGCGCGUGAGGAGGCGCGGCGCUAUCGUAGGUUCCAACGCACUGACUGGUUCGAUGUCAAUGUCAGCAUUAUGGAGAAAAUCCUCGAGGCGAAGUUCACUCAGCAUCCGCGGCUGAGAGACACGCUUCUUGGGACAGCCGACAGCAUGCUCAUCGAGGGCAGUCCGGUCGAUUCGUUCUGGGGCUCGGGCGCUGACGGUCAAGGGAGGAACGAGUUGGGGAAGGCGCUCAUGCGUUUGCGCGACGAACUCAGGCGUGCGCAUCAUCUUCGAGCAUCGAGGGAUCUGUACAGUCAGCUUUCUUCUGAGCAUCUGUAG